UUAGAGGUAGAGGCCUGAGGCAAGGGACACUGCGGCCCCCCUGGGUCCGUCUCCACUGCCCGACAAUCCCCGCCGAGACCCGGCCCCACGCGCCCCUCCUGGCCCGGAGCUGCCGCGGGACUUGCCUCCGCCCCCCGCGCGCUUGCGCAUUCGCGACCGAGACCGGCGCUCUCCAGUAUUUUGGCGCCGCUGACUCCAGAGCUGGACGAUCCUCGGAGUCUGCCCUGCCAGUUUCCAGAGAAGGCGCCUGAGAAGGAGAAACGAAUCGCUGCUGCUCUUCUAACAGCCGCUUCCGUCUCUGGCGUCUGUGGACCCUGCUUCUGAAGUACAUGAACCUUGAGGAAAAUUGACCAGUUCUAGCAAUUCUAAAAUCAUGGCUUGUGAUUUGGUGAUGUUCAGAGAUGUGGCUGUAGACUUUUCUCAGGAAGAAUGGGAAUGCCUGAACUCAUAUCAGAGGAAUUUGUACAGAGAUGUGAUAUUAGAGAACUAUAGCAACUUGGUGUCACUGGCAGGAUGUUCCAUUUCUAAGCCAGAUGUGAUCACCCUAUUGGAACAAGGGAAAGAGCCCUGGAUGGUUGUGAGGGAUGAGAAAAGAAGAUGGACUCUAGAUUUGGAAUCCAGAUAUGACACUAAAAAGUUAUUUCAAGAAAAGGAUUUUUAUGAAAUGAACUUAUCUCAGUGGAAGGUAAUGGAAAGAAUUAAAAGCUGUGGACUUGAAGGACAAGAAAGUCCUCAUGAAGUGUGUUUCAGGCAAGUGACAAAAACCACCUCUGAAAAAACGCCUACUUACAGAAAACUCACAUCUCUUCCUCUGUAUCAGAAAAGUCAUAACAGAGAAAAACCCUACGAAUGUGGGGAAUGUGGGAAGGCUUUUAGAGUACGACAACAACUUACUUUCCAUCAAAGAAUUCAUACUGGUGAGAAACCCUAUGAAUGUAAAGAAUGUGGAAAGGCCUUUAGACAGUGUGCCCACCUCAGUCGACAUCAGAGAAUUCAUACUUCUGACAAACUCUAUGAGUGUAAAAAAUGUGGAAAGAUCUUCACGUGUGGCUCAGACCUUCGAGUACAUCAGAGAAUUCAUAUUGGUGAGAAGCCGUAUGAAUGUAAAGAAUGUGGGAAAGCCUUUAGAGUUAGAGGACAGCUUAAUCUCCAUCAAAGGAUUCACACGGGUGAGAAACCCUAUGAAUGUAAAGAAUGUGGGAAGGCCUUUAGGCAGUAUGCACACCUUACUCGACAUCAGAGACUUAACAUUGCUGAGAAGUGCUAUGAGUGUAAGGAAUGUGGUCAGGCCUUUCUAUGUAGUACAGGCCUUCGAUUACAUCACAAACUUCAUACUGGAGAAAAACCCUAUGAAUGUAAGGAGUGUGGAAAGGCCUUUAGAGUGCGGCAGCAACUUACUCUCCAUCAGAGAAUUCACACUGGUGAGAAGCCUUAUGAUUGUAAGGAAUGUGGGAAGACUUUCAGUCGUGGCUAUCAUCUAACUCUCCAUCAGAGAAUACAUACUGGUGAAAAGCCCUAUGAAUGUAAGGAAUGUCAGAAGUUCUUCCGUCGUUACUCAGAACUUAUUUCACAUCAGGGUAUUCACAUUGGAGAGAAACCUUAUGAAUGUAAGGAAUGUGGGAAGGCAUUUAGACUGUUCUCACAGCUUACUCAACAUCAGAGUAUUCAUUUUGGUGAGAAACCCUAUAAGUGUAAGGAAUGUGAGAAGACUUUUAGACUGCUUUCACAACUUACUCAACAUCAAAGUAUUCAUACUGGUGAAAAGCCCUAUGACUGUAAGGAAUGUGGAAAGGCCUUUAGACUUCAUUCAUCACUGAUUCAACAUCAGAGAAUUCAUUCUGGUGAGAAGCCAUACAAAUGUAAGGAAUGUAAAAAGGCAUUUAGACAACAUUCACAUCUUACUUACCAUCAGCGAAUUCAUAAUGUAACUUAAUAAUUAUUAGAACUCUUCCAUUGCGAAUUUUAUGUU